GCCGGCCCGGCCCCGACCUCGCCGCCGGCGACCCAUGGAGCGGCGAUCCAGCACCCGCUUCUCGCCCACCGAGAUUGCAAGGUUGGAGAAGUUGGUUUCAGGAAGAAAAGAAAAAGUCUUGGAUGGUGAUCUGUGUGAGAAGCUUGCUGAAGAAUUUAAUCGUUCUGCAGCUCGGACCGGGAGUAGAGCACUACAGGCUACACAGGUUCGAGGAUGGUUCCUUGAUAAGCUCCCAGCAUCAACUACAGCCACUAAAUCUACUUGCCUGCCUACUACUUCUGAAGAAAAGACUUUAGCCUCAGAAGCACAUGUGUUAGUUUCUGAGACAAAGGCUGAGCCUUCUGAAGAGAAGACUUUAGCCUCAGAAGCUCAUGUGUUAGUUUCUGAGACAAAGGCUGAGCCUUCUGAAGAAAAAGUUUUAGCCCCUGAUACAAGUAUUUCAAACAACGAAGAUGCACUUUCCCCGGACUUACUCAAAGAAACUAUAGAUAAGGUUCCUGAACUUGAAGACCUGCAGUUUGAGGCUAGGUCAUCAAAGGAUUCUGCAUGGUAUGACAUUGCUGUAUUUUUGGCACACAGGAAGACAAGUUCAGGCGAAGUUGAAGUCCGGGUGAGGUUUAAUGGAUUUGGGGCUGAAGAAGAUGAGUGGAUAAAUGUCAAGAAGGCUAUCCGCCAGCAAUCCAUUCCGCUGGAGUCCUCAGAAUGCCGAACCAUUGUCAAAGGAGAUCUUGUCCUGUGCUUCAAGGAGAGCAACGAUGAUGCAUUGCAUUUUGAUGCACAUGUUACUGAUAUCCAACGGAAGCAACAUGAUAUAAGGGGUUGCAGAUGUGUCUUCCAUGUCCAGUAUAUUCAUGAUCAGAGUCAGGAGAUGGUGAACCUGAAGAGACUGUCCCGGCGUCCGAAAUACGUCUGAUGGCUUGUGCUAUCGUUGAUCUUGCUCCUGCUAUUUGCUCUUGUUGAAGUAACCGGGAGCCUAAAAUCUAGUUGAGAGAGAACCUAGACUGGACUCUAGCUGUUUCUUAUCAAUGUGAUGUGUAUAGUAACACCACCCGGAAGAAUACUUAAGCCCUCUUUGGCACAUAGCUGUUGUAACGGCUAUGAGUAGGCUCAUUGAUAGCCAAUUUUUGCGCACUUGAGAAAGUUGAUGCCAAGCUGGGCUGAGUCCGGUUUUAAUCGAUGUGUUGGAG